CAGCAGUGAUGGCAACAUUAACGGUGUUAGGGGAGGGACGACAACGAACAAAAAAAAGGAAGUAGAGGGACGACGUUUUAGCUCUUUGGUAGAGUAGAGGGACGACAACGAACAUGUCCUUAGUAGAGGGACAAGAACGAAUAAAAUAUUAAAGUAGAGGGACGAUAAUUGGCUUUAAACCAUAAAUAUUGAGACAAUUAUUGCAUUGUUGUGGUGGCAAAGAAUUGAAAUAACAGUCCUACUCCGCGUCGCGUGAAUACUAAGCAAAGGAAGAUCAAAGGAGGGGUAGAUAGAAAUGGAAACAUUUCUCCUUCACUUCUCUCUCUGGCUUCUAACAACAAAAUUCACUGCUGUUUCCUCCCCUCCCCUCCCCUCUCUCUAGAACUCAGAUCUUGUGAUUUUCUCACCUUUUAUCUUUGAGAAGAUGAGGAAGUCUGUAAAGAAAACACCUUCUUCUGAUGAAAGUGAAGAACUGAAUGUCCAACAGCCGGAACGGCCUGAAAGUUCCAGAUCCAGAAGAGGUCGUAAAUCUGAGCCACGCGGAAGUGGAGAAGAGAUGGUAGAGGUUCGAGGGAAGACUAAAGUUGAGGGUUCUUCCCACCAGCCAGAUGAAGGAGGCCGGAAGAGAAAAUCAGGGAUAAAUACGGAUAUCGAUGAUCUACGGAUUCAGCUGGGAGACCAAAUGAAGAAACUGAGACGUGGAGAAGAAGAAUUGCUAGAGGAGAACAAGAGACUUAAAUCUGAGAUUAUUGCUCGGCGGCAGGACAUACUAGGAAUGUUAAUGUUAACGGAGAACAGUCCAAUGCACGUGGAUAGUCCAGUCGAUCCUAUGGAAAUAGAUCCUCCUGAAGGAAAUGGUACAGAAACUUCACAAAAUGAAGUGUUGGAGUCUGCCAUCAUCCAAUACCUGGAUCAGUUGGAGGAGAUGAAAGCUACCAACAAAAAUUUGACAAUGGAGAAUGGAAAGCUGGACUCUAUGCUAGCUGCUCUUGAUAAGAGAUUGAAGAUGCUAAAAAACCUUGAUGAGACUGAUAACAAAAUUCCUCACAAUGAAGAACUUGCAACAAAAAAGCAUGUUACUGCAGGCAAGGAUAUCACUGAGGCCAAGAGGAUGCUGGGAGGCAAGCUAAAUGAGGCGCAGAAGGAAAAGCCCCUAAUGGCAAUUGUUUCCUCUGCAAUGGUCCUCAUUGAUUAUCUGCUUUCAACUGUUGGGAGUGCUAAAGCAAGGGAGGCCACCCUUGACGAGCAAGCCUCUACCUCAGCCUUGGGUAUAAAGGGUACAAAGGGUACAACUGAUGUUCCGAAGCUUGUGAAGAUUAUUUGGGAGGCUUGUGAUUCGUACCUUGAAGAGGAGAAGGCCAGUCCCGGCGCACAAAUAGAGUCUAGAGCUGUGAAUGCCGAAGAGGAGGACAAUGCCAGCCAAGCUGAAGAAACUUCAGAUGACGAUAACUAGGGAGCGGCCGUGGCUGGGCUUGCACACGAUGGCACAAUCCCAGCAAAUGCAGCCUUUUAAAAGUACAUGAUAUAUAGUUAUACUUGAGAUAAUUUUCAGAUGACAAUAAUUUUUGUUUCUUAGGUUUAGGUUGAGCAUGCUGUUUAUAGAACUUUUUAUGGAACUUUUUAUGACUUAUAUGGUUGGUAAACGAGCUUGUGGAUUUUCAGGACUGCCUGGCAGUCCUGGGAUCAUCGCAGCCGUCCAUGACGUUGGUCUCAUUUGAAAAUAACGUUUCUGUUGGUAA